AUGAAGGAUAUCAUCGGUCAUAUUCCAUCUCUCGUGACGCAAACGCAUGUUGAAGCAGCAAGCUGUUACGAGCCAAAAUGCUACCAGAGUGCUCAAUGCGCUUGUAUGCACUGUUUCUGCUGGCACGAACAAGAUAUAUAUGUUCAAUGUCUGUCAUCAGACAAGACACAUAUCCAUAUCCAUAUCAGAUCGUAA